CUUGCCCCAUUGGUGGGUAUGUUGGAUGCAUAUAUUCUGGUGAUACUCCCUCCCGGACGCAGAGAAAAGGGCAGCGGACAGACACAAAGCCAACAGAGCUGGGACAUCACAGAAGGAGACAGGAGGCUUUGGGAAGUUUAAGGGCCAAAAGGAGGGGCAGUACGGACCGUGUGUGUGUGUGUGUGUGUGUGUGUGUGUGUGUAGGGGGGCAGUUGAUCGCCUUUCUGUCAUGGUGUCACAUGCAGACAGAGCAGGACAAAAACACAGAUGGAGAGACGUCGGCUGAGGACACGCACUUGACUUUUCUCCUCUCAACUCUCCUGUCGUCUCCUAUCAUUUCCUGCUCUUUGCUCUCAACAACCCAUUAUCCUGCUCUGCAACUAAUGUCUGAUUCUCUUUAGUCUGAUGUUCUAGUGCAGCUUGCCGGCUACAUCUUUUUUGACAACACUCAUUACUGCUUUUUCUCUGCUUUUAAUCUUUCUUCCUCUUACUUCCCUCUCACUGCUGCUGCUUCCUCCUACCUUCCUGACUAAGAAUUUUCUUUACAACUAAUCCUUUUCUGUUUCUCAAAAAGCUUUCUCUCUCCAAUAUCUUCUCACCUCCCAUCUUUUGGAUGGAUAGCUACUCCCUCCUCUACAGUUCCUCCCACAGAACCGGACUUCUUGCCGGCUUCCAGCGCCUGCGCUCACAGGGAAACAUGUGUGAUGUCGUCCUGGAGGCCAGUGGUGUAUCCUUCCCUUGUCAUCGCGCCCUUUUGGCCAGCUCCAGCGAGUAUUUUUGGGCUCUGUUUGGAGAGACUACCGCUGAGAGAUUAGCGGGCUGCAUUAGCCUCCCCGCGCUAACACCUGAGGGUUUAGAUGCCAUUCUGGACUUCCUGUACUCUGGCUGGCUCAGCGUGUCGUCGUUAACACUUCCUGUCGUCCUUGAGGCAGCCAGGUACUUGCAGGUGGAGACGGCUGUGUCAAUAUGCGAGCGCUUCAUGAUUGAUGGUUUAAGCAUUGAGAAUUGCUGUUGCUAUGCUAACCUGGCCGAACACCAUGUUCUCUCAGAUGCACUUGAAGCUGCCAAUCAAACCAUCGCUAUGGAGAUGGGAACGUUGCUGCAGGAAAGCAGGGAUGACCUUCUCAAGCUGAAUAUGCAGUCAUUGAUGGAGGUGCUCGACGCUGAUGAGAUACCUGGUGUCAAGGAGGUGGAGCUCAUAAAGCUGGCUCUGGAUUGGCUGGAUGACAACGGACCCCUCCCUCUGCUGAAAUCAAAUCUCCUGCUGAGUCGUCUGCGCUUUGGAUUGGUUGCCCCGUCUGAGCUCCCCAAUCUUAGCCACACCCACAAAGCCAUGGCCACACCUCUAAUCAGAGGUCAGUUGACUCAGGCAUUGGAGUACCACAGACUGGGUUCAGCUCAGCCAAUCAGACAGAGCAAACAGUCGACACUCAGAGCGUCGCCCAAUCGUGUGCUGCUUGUAGGUGGAGGGUCCAGUCCUGAUUGGCCGGAACAGAAAAUGGUGAUGUUUGAUCCCAGAGGCAGGAAGUUCUCACCUCUGUGCUCCAGCAUCCCGCUGCGGCUGAGAAAUCACUGCGUGUGCUCAGUGGGAGGUUUCCUCUUCGUGAUCGGAGGAGAGGAAGUGAAAGAGGGGGAGGAGGAUGGCAAAAAGUCUGUCACCGUGGUGACAUCCAACCAGGUGUGGCGCUACGAUCCUCGCUUCGAAUGCUGGGUAGCGGUAGAGUCCAUGCUGGAGAGGCGGGCACAGUUCACCUGCUGCGUAGUAGAGGAUGCUAUUUAUGCCAUCGGGGGACGACACACACAACCAGAUGCCAACACACACACCUCCGUAGCUUCUGUUGAGUUUUACGACAUGGCCACAGGAGCAUGGAGGAGAGGAGCAAACAUGCCUCGCCCCCUUUGCGGCCACGCUUCUGCUGUGCUUGACAACAACAUCUACGUGUCAGGUGGCAACCAGGGCGGCAGUAACCAUGGCGAUAACCGGGAUGACCACAGAGAGAGCAGCAAAGAAGUCCUGUUCUGGGACCUCAAAGGCAGAGCCUGGGAGAAGCGAGCGCCCAUGUCCAUCGCCAGGUUCAGUCACCGCCUGGCAGUCGCCCAUGGCCACAUCUACGCCUUGUUGGGAAUGUACGAGCCUUUCUGCGAUAUUGAACGAUACGAUCCGCAGUCAGAUGACUGGACCCGUCUUCGACCACUCCUCACUGGAUCCUUUAACUAUGGAAUGGUGUCAGCGCCGUCUGGGAAUCUGCUGGUGUUCGGAGGGAGGAGAUGGAGUGAAGGACAGGAGGUGAUAGUGAAGAGUGUGUUGGAGUACGAUACAAAAAAAGAUCACUGGAGAGAGAUCUGUCAGCUCCCCAGACCUCUCACUGGCACUGAGUGUACACUGCUGCCUUUACCAGACUAACAUGCACAUAGUGUGAGAACAGUUUAACAUGAAAGUGAGACAGUUUCUCUCAGAGGUGCAACAGAGUCUCAAAAUUCUGAGAAAAGAGCACACACGCAUUUUAGGUAACUAAAACUAUUGGGUUCAGCCAUCUAGGCCCAUCUCAUCAUUGGAGAACAGGUGUGCAUGACUCCAGGACAUUUAGAAAAAUAUGUUAAGUAAGAUUUUCUUAACUUCCUCUAUUACUACUGAAACAAACAGUUUAGAAAUACACUAACACUUUUCUUGCUGAGAAUUACAAGAACAUUGAUACCAAUCUAAUAUAGGUCUGUUAAAUAUGAAGCUAAUACUGGGAGGUGGUUAGCUUAGCAUCAUAUUUACACUUUGGUUUUUGUAUGAUUAUAGGUAUUGCAUAUAAUAUGUUUAUUAGUAAGCUUUACAGGUGCUUGUAGGCAGAACUGUUGCCUCUGGAAACGGCUAGCUAGGCUAGCCAUUUCCCUUAUUCCCUUAUUCUUACCAGUCUUUAUGCUAAGCUAAUACUAAUACCAAUAGCCUACUGCCAUAUAUAGAAGUGGUUAUACAUUUUGGGAAAUAUAUUUUCUGCUGGAUGAGAAGAUUGUUGUGAGUCGCAUAUCUGUCUGCCAAAUAUGAAGCUAGAAUGAGGAGACAGUUCGUCCUUAGCAUGUGGCGCAGUGUCCACCAUAGCAUUUUUCUGGGGGCUACCUUAUUCUUUUUAAUACUUUGCAAUGGCAGUGUAUUUAUGCUAUGCUACAAAUCAGCGUGACAAGGUGCUGAGCGUCUAUUCUGAGCUGAGUGCUGCAUGAUUGCCUUUUUUUUUGAGUGCCAAAGGUGAAAACUGUUCCACUUUGAUUAAAACACUGCGCUCAUCAUUGUCACUUUUUACCGCAAUCACAGUAGAGGAGGGGCAAGACAAAUAGCCUACCACAAAGACCAGCCGUCACAUCUUAGAUGCCCAAGUGCUGAGGAACAACAGAAAUGGAGGGGAAAUAUGUUGAAAUACUGCAUACCGUAAAACUUCAAUUAA